CAUGCACUAUUCAAGGUUAUGCUUUACUGAUUAGUAGACCUGGCUUCUCCAUGAAGUUAUAUACAGUCGAGGGAUUUUUGCACAGUAUCUUUGCCAGCUCUAGUACGCUUGUUUUGUUGUGUGAUUGUAGAAGCCUAUUACAUGGGGAGUGACUAAGUAAAUCUACCAAUACAUAGAAGCUGGUUAUAAUUGGUUUACACCCUGGGGGAGAUUUCUGUGAUGGAAAUUUAAUGUGAUCGGAUAUUAAUGAUGGUUUUACAUGGCAGCUGAUUUUGCCAGUGUUGAAUUGGUUUAGUAGAGAGGAUUGACAUCAUAUGGUGCGAUCGUGAGAGAAUUAAAUAAGUCACCUGUAUAGUUAUGCUGCAUGGACAGGACUUAUUGCUGUAGUAGACAAAGUUUGUGUACAGUGCCUGCAGGGAUAAUCUGUGACUAAGGAGUUUUAAUCAAGAGCAAUACACACCAUCCUCCAGAGGUUUAAUUAGCCACACACUGUCAGAGAGGUUCACCGCCAUGUGAUGGAAUCCACAGAAAAGAGGAAUGCUAUGGUCACCUAAGGAAAAAAGAAAUCAGAUCGUGAAUUUAUUCUGUAUGAGCCAUGGAUAGCAGUGCAGGAUAAAGUGUAAAACCUGGACCGAUUCUUGACAUCAAAUCUCCACCCCUGUUGGACGAUGAACCGUCUACACAUCAGGGUCUCCCUUUUUGGAGCCCUGUUCUUACUUCUGUUCUGGUGUGAUGGAUGUGAUUCAGCAAAAAUUCCCUCAGGUCUGGAUGUGAAUGAAAGGAUCAGCAUAUUUCAGACAUAUUUUAUCUCAGAGAACUUAAACCACAGAAGACAAGUAAGGGAUACACAGAAUAAUGUGCUAAAUGUCAGUGACAGUGACAUCACUGAAAAUGCAAAUUCCACUGCGAAUUCCACUGCAUCUGAAUCUGUGUCCACAUUUGAGCCAAUAAUAGGUGAACCAGAACCAACAUCAACCUCAGAACCUUAUUCAGAACCUGAGACACAACCUUCUAGUGAACCUACAUAUGAACCUACUAGUGAACCUAAAACAGAACCUACUAAUGAACCAGUAACAGAACCAAAUCCUACCAGUGAACCAGAGUCCACACCAGAACCCACAAAUGAACCGAUAGCAGAACCAUCAUCAAAAUCAGAGCCAGUAAGUGAACCAGUUUCUACAUCAGAACCUAAACCAGAAUCAACAUCUGAACCUGAGCCUACAUCAAAACCAGAAUCAACCGCAGAACCAGAAUCUACAGCUGAACCUAAACCUACAAGUGAACCUGAGUCCACAGCUGAACCAGAGUCUACAGCUGAACCAGAAUCUACAGCUGAACCUAAACCUACAAGUGAACCUGAGUCUACAGCUGAACCUGGGUCAAAAGCUGAACCUGAGUCUACAGCUGAACCAGAAUCUACAGCUGAACCGAAACCUACAAGUGAACCCGAGUCCACAGCUGAACCUGAGUCUACAGCUGAACCAGAAUCUACAGCUAAACCUGAACCUACAAGUGAACCCGAAUCCACAGCUGAACCUAGGCCUACAAGUGAGCCAGGGUCUUCAUCAGAGCCUAAACCUACAAGUGAACCAGAGUCUACUGCUGAGCCUAAACCUACAAAUGAACCUGAACCUACAAGUGAACCCGAAUCCACUGCUGAACCCAAUCCUACAAGUGAACCAGAGAUAACAGCUGAACCUAAGCCUACAAGUGAACCUGAGUCUACAUCAGAACCUAGGCCUACCAGUGAACCUGAGUCUACUUCAGAACCUAGGCCUACCAGUGAACCAGAGUCUACAUCUGAACCAGAACCUACUAGUGAGCCAGAAUCUUCUGCAGAACCAGAGGUAACAUCUGAGCCACAUCCCAAGCCAGAAAACUCAACUGCUGAGCCAACCGCUGAGCCAGAAUUGAUCUCAGAACCAACCCCAGAAUCUGGAUCAUCUUCUCCUGAACCAGAAGUUGAGCCAACAUCAGAUCCAGAAAGUGAACCAGAGCCUGAGGGUAAAGCCUUUGCAGAACCUCACCCAGAAUGGGAUGUAGCUCUGAAGGAGUGGCAGUGGGGAUGGGACGUUUUGGUCUACUUCUUUGCAUCUGUGUUUUUAAUUCUUGCCGGAUUAAGUCUGCUCAGUGUUAUCAGACUGUGGAAGAUCAAACAUUUGCUGAGUAAAAACUAUUUUAUGGUGCUGAACAUUUUGAUCAUCUUCCAGUGUGUUCUGAGGGCUCUGUAUUUGCUGAUUGACCCUUACAAUAUGAAUGAAACCUAUCAUCCCGUUUUAUCCUACUUUUUAUACAGUACAGCGUUUCCUUGUCUGACGUCAGCGUUCAGUAUUCUGUUCUACGCAUUAUUACUUGCAACAAAAAUGAAAAUGUUGUCUUCCAAAAUUCAAAAGUCUUCAGUGCUAAUCAGUAUAAUUGCAUUCCAUUUUGUUCUUUCCAUCGCGACCGAUUUUGUAGUUGGAUUUUUCGCUGACGCAAAAGUCAUGCUUUUGAUAUGCCAGUUCUUUUACAUUUUGUGGGGAAUCAUAUUAUUCGCAGGAUAUGUGUUCAUCUUUCGACGUUUACGUAAAUCAGCAAUAAACAGACGUAGGACUCUGAAGAAACACUCGAUUUCGUACCCCUCGGACGUUUCUAGGAAGUCGGUAGUUAGUUCCAUGGGAAGUCUUCCACGACCAAAGAAAUCCAGAAACAAAUCGACGCUGAACUCUGCGAUCUCUGUGACGUUGAUCGCGGCGGCCUGUGGAAUAUUCUGUAUUAUUCUGGAACUAUACGGAAUGUUUUACGUGUUCCGAGUGUUUACUGAUGGUCACGUGCCUGAACCAUGGCCGUGGUACGUGCAUCAGUUCUUAUUGCGAGUGUUCGAAAUUAUCAUGUGUGCAAUAAUGAUAUACGUUGGGUCACAACCGAUAAAAUACAAUAGGAGAAAUGACUCCAAAACGUGUUAUGUGUUCUGCUUCGUCAUGAAAAAGUGCUGCUGUUCUAGUCAAGAAAAUGGUGCUAUGGAAAUGGACCAAAAUGCUUCAUUUGGCAGCUCUCAUUGCAAGAGUGCUUCCGAUAGUGAGUACGAAUCUAGUGACGCAAAAUCUUCCAGGAAGAAGAGUAAGAAUGUGAUUGUUGAACAAAAUGGGAACGGUCCCCAGCCGUGUAAGCACACUCACAUCGUCAUAGAGGAGGGGCUGGUCAGGUUCCGAAGUGAGGACGAACUGACGGACGGACUCUCCGACCGCGCGUCCAGUCUUCCCGACCUCCUCCACGGCAAGGCGGGAUCCAACACAGCAGUCAACACUGGGAUGUGUAACAUGGCGUUCAAUUCCAAUGGAAAUGUGACAAGUGCCCCAUUACAUAGGACCAACACCGAACCAUCUGAUAUGAUGGAGAAAAACUUAGGCAGUGUGGGGACCAUAGGGACCAUAGGGGCCAAUAUUCCGUCAAUAAACCUCGCCCAUAGUCUACAGUGGGAGUUUGACAAAGCAUACGACCGCAGCUUCCAGUUAGCAGACGAUCAUGACGACACACCUCCCGCCUACAGCGAGGUGGAGAUGGAGGAACCCGCGACGGAUCAGAGCACCGAUAAAACGGACUCGUCCGACGGAACGGACGACUCGUGCGGACCCGCUUCACCGUCACGACUUCCGCUCAUCAAAGACAAUGACACCUCAACUGAUGACGUCAGACUUUGAUAGAGAAUGUGUUUUUCAUGUCAACCAUUUUUAUUCUUUUUUAAAGAACAUUUUUAUAAAGACUGCUUUGUUUUUUAAUAUGUGCUGAAAUAAGGACCAUUAUUAUAUUAUGAUAUUGAGAUUAGGCCUAGCAGAUCUAGUAAUUUAUUGUUUUCAUUCAAAACUCAUGUGUUUCAUAAACGUAGACCUUUGAGGUAUUUUUGAACCUUAAAAUCAAAAUCGUUUUAUUUCAUGAUUUUAUAUAUAUUUCGCAACAUUUUUAAUCUUACAAGAUAUCACGUGAUUUAUUUAUUUUAUGUACUAGUAUUUACUAAAAAGGAUAAUGAAAUAUUUUUAGUAAAAACAUGUACAUGUAAUAUUUCGUGUCAUCUUUGAAAUUGAUAAAGUGCGAUGUUUCAUAGCACGUAAGAGCAUACUAAAAAACUACCAGCAUGAACAAUUGUCAUUGUUUUAUUUGAAUACAAAUAUAUUCUUGUCCACCAUGUGAUUCUUACUUCGCAUUUAUACAUGAGCAUUAAACCAUAUUCAAACGUAAAAUGUGUAUAUUGAAGUUUUUUUUAUGAAUCAUAUAUUAAUAUAUAAAGUCUUGUGAAUCAUAUACAAAUGUAAUAUCGGGAUAAACAGUUGAUUUAAGAACUAAAAAAAGAUUUCAUUGACAAAUUGAUAACGAUAUGAAAUUAAUAACAGAUAUCCCUAAAUACUCCAUUAAUGAAAUUUGUUUAUUAAAAAAGGGAAGCUGAAUCUCGUUUACUUAAGAAGAGAUAUGAUAAAAUUGUAUG